ACCAAUUCAGUGCUAUACCGGUCGUCAUUCAGAACAUGCGAACUAAGAGAUGUACGCAUUUUAAAGAACUUAAAAAUAUUAUUAAUUCGAAAGAAUUACCUCACGUAACUGUCGACAGGAGGUUUAAGUUUUCAAUAGCAAUAGAUCGUUGAAAGAGUCUAUAAUGGAAAGUCAAUGCAUUAUCUAAUGGUGUUAUCAGUGAAUUAUUAACUCGGUUAUCAUCAAUCGAAUGUGAUGUGUCACAACUUGUGCUAAUACCAAUCUACGGCGUAAUAUUUGUGCAAUCCAAUAUGAUUCGUCCUGUAUUCAGCUGUCUGGGACGCGCGUUGCAGCUCAUUCGGAACAACAUAAAACCACUGAUAUUACUCGCAUCGUUUGGAACGUUCAUAUGGUUGAUAGUGAGCACUACAAAUCGCCCAGAAUUUACCCGUCAUUCGUCGCAACAAAACGUAGACGGCGACAGUUCACUAGAUGUUAAUCCAGACCUUAGAUGGAGCAAAAGUUCAAUUGAGAUCUUUCUGCGUUUGUUGGACCUUGAUGGAAAUGUAACGGCCCUAGUGUUUCAAAGUCAGGAUGAGCCUUGCCCCCUGAAGGAUGAGAUCAUUUUCAGUGCAUUCGGCGACGAUUCAUUGGAGGAGAACCUUUGGCAGUACUAUACACUGGUAGCGCUUCGGCAGAAUAUGGCAUUCUCCAGCGAGGGAGGAUUCGUAAUUCUGCCAUACCUGCCGCAAUCUACGAAGCAACGAUUGGAACGGUUGUUUGACGAGGUACCAAUGCCCACCGUCAGUGAUCUACCUUUCGACUGCUACGACAUCGGCAAUGCCGUAAUCAUAAACAGUUCCACCGACAUUGUACGUCCACAGAGUCGAAAUCAAAUUCAAAUUUUGGACAGCGGAACGCGGCGGUACCGGGAUCUAGCUGCUACUGACUGGGGCUCUGAAAACACUAUGUUCACCCUCCAGACAGCCAGCGCCGCUCGACAACGUCUGAGCAAGCUUCGCAAUCAAGGGCCAAAGAUUCGACCGACUAACCAAUCCGGGGUGGAAUUUGUCGGAAUCUACAUACGGCGGGAUGACUUCCUUCCGUUCGAUUACUUCUACCGAGCAAUCACCUUCCAACGGAAGCUGCACUAUGGCAGACUGAUCUUUGUGGUCAUCUGUGAAGAACCGCAAGGUAAACUGUGUAAAAAGAUACAUGCCCCCCUAGAGGAGGUGUACGUCCAGCCGAUGAAAGCGGACGACCCGGGAUACGACUUUGCGCUGAUGUCCCUGUGUAAUCAUACGAUCAUUUCGAAUCACAUGGGCAUAUUCCACGCGCUGAAUAAUGGAGGCGAUGUGGUUGUGUACGAGUUUGAGGAAGUGGAUGCCCGAAUCCGCUAUCUGCCGUGGUUGCUGGCCAACGAACUGGACAGUUGGUACAUGCUAGGAUAGUGUGUG